AUGAGUCUCCUCAAAGAACGUAAGCCCAAGAAGCCUCAUUACAUCCCAAGACCACCAGGAAAGCCAUUCAAGUACAAGUGCUUCCAGUGCCCCUUCACUUGCAAUGAGAAAUCCCAUCUCUUUAACCACAUGAAGUACGGCCUCUGCAAAAACUCCAUCACUUUGGUGUCAGAGCAGGAUCGUGUCAUCAAGUGCCCAAAGAGCAGCUCCCUGGAGCCCAAACAGAUCAAUCAGCUCGAAUCUACCGUCAAACCAACUUCUUCUAAAUCUGUCACAAACGGACUGACAAGCCUCGAUUCAAAGCCUCAAUAUCCUUUUACUAAAGAAGAUGCCAAGGAAAACGUUGAGUUACAAACCCAGGCGACAAACGCAGCAAUUCAAGGACAAAAACCUGCGAUUCCGAAGGAAUUAAGCCCUGCCAGCUCUGCAGCAGAAGGUGCCAUCAGCAUGCAGCCCCUGAUGGAGGGCAUGGUGAGGCCCUCAGCCUUCGUUCCUGUCGGAGAACACCGAGACAGCAAAGGCCCAGAAAUCACAGAGGCAUCUGAAAUCCUCUCCCUCUCUAACAAAAGCUCUCCUUUUCACACCAAGUCUGCCUUUCACGCACCAGCUCACCCAUGGAAGGCAGGUUCUUUCCUCCCAGAAUUCCCACAUAAAGUUGCUCCCACAAAGGGCUUUGGUUCCAUUUCACCUUACAUGCAACCAAUGAUUCCCGAGUACUCACCCCACUUCUAUGAGCACCGGCUUGCUAUCUACACACCUUACCUGCUGCCAGGUAACUCAGAGUGUGAAAGCUCUGCUCUCUCUGUCUAUGGAACACAAGAUCAAAGACACUUUCUUCCCCACCCUGGGCCACUUCCAAAACCCCUAAAUCCAUCAGCAUAUGAACACUAUCGAUUGUUCCAACAAUACCACUCCACUCCACCAAUACCAUAUGGAUUUUGUAGGCCAACAGAUCCUCCAUUUUACAGAUUUUCACAUGUAGCUGGUAUUAACAGGGAUCAAAACUCUCAUCUGAUGGAAGAAACUACCUUGCUGUACCCAGCUUCUUUAAGCCCUUCUCAACAAUACCCUCUAAGUUCACAUAAAAAACAAGCAGAUUAUGAAAAAGAAAUAACAUUAUUGCAUGCCAAAGGUAACCCUAAGGAUGACCAAAAUGAAAGAGAGAAUGCCAAAAUGAGCCCUCUCGCAGGAAGCGCAGCAACAGGCUCCCCUGGCAGACCCAGCCCCACCAACUUCACCCAGACAAGCCACACGUGUGAGGGUUUGUUUGACCUCUCCAGCAAGUCAUCUUCCACGUCCCUGGGCAAGUACGACCAGUCAGAAGAAAGCUUCACAGCCUUCAGACCUGUGAGAAAAAGCACUGACCAACAGCCUUCUCUUCAAGGCGUGCAGGCACAGCAAGAGAGAGGGGAUUCACCCAACAGCAUCAACGUCACUGAUGAAGACUCACACACACAGACCGACAGCCAGAACAACGCGGGCUCACUGUCCAACACAGAAGAAGACGCAGGGAUAGUUCCCCUCAAUCUUUCAAAAAAGGCCGACACGAGCACAGGACCCACUCACGAGCACGUGUACAAAACCCCAUCCAAAACAGACAGGCAGAGCUUCCUGGAAAUGCAGGACAUGCCCCUGAACCUCUCGGUAAAGGAUUCCUGUAAUACAGCCAGCCCGAAAACGUCCUUCCACAGCCCAUCCCACGAGAACAGCGCUGCUGCCUCUUCUCCGAGCGCGGCCAAGGAGAGCUCCGCGGCGGAGCCGCGCGUCCCCAAGAACCCCAGCAGCAGCGCCUGUGACAAAGGCUUCGCGGCGCAGCGCGGCGAGGCGGCGGACUUGGGGCUCAUGGAGAGCUGUGACGAGCAGAAGCAGACGGCGGCCGUGGCUCUGUGCCAGCUGGCUGCCUACAGCCCCAGCACGGCCCGGCUGGACGGCGACGGGCACGGCGCGCAGGACGGGCGCGGAGCGCCCGCAGAGCCCGCCCGUGCCGCUCCCGAGGCGCGGGACGCGCCGUGCAAUCCAAAGGGGAAAGCACAAAAAAGGACAAACCAAAAAGAAUCGGCAAAAUCCCAGCAAGGUGCUAAGAGGGUCAGGCCCAAUGACUGCAGCAGAGUCUUCACUUUAAGGAAGAGAACAAGAGUGUCCUAA